AUGGAAACCAGAUCAGAAAGGACUAGUAAAGCGUCCUUAAUGUCGUCGCUUUGGUGGCUGUUGUUGCUACUUCCAUGGCGAAUCUAUCCAGUUUACUCUUUAAAAAACAUCAACGACAAUAACAUUUAUAACAUCAACAACAAUGAUAACGUCAGCAAAAGCAGCAACACCAACAACGUCAUCAUCAAUUCUGGUGCUGGUAUAUCUCACGCUAACGAUAAUCAAGUGCCAGAAAACAACAAAAACAUUAACAAAUAUGACAAUAACUUUAAAGAUUUAUUAAAUAUUAACGGUAUAAACAACAAAAAUGUCAAUAAUAAAAAUAUCAUCAACUACAAAGACAGCUUCAAUAACAACAAUUACAACAAUAACAAGAAUUACAACAAUAAUAACAAUAACAACAACUACAACAACAGCAGCAGCAGCAACAAAAAGGACGUAAACUUGAAGUCAACAACGGAUUUGCCGAAAAAAUUGAAAACAAACAAACGCUAUAGAAACAGCCGCAACUUUAAAAACAUCAUACCACUGUCAUCGUCGUCAACGAACAACAAAGAUGAUGACAUCAUCAACAACAGCAACAACAACAACAACGACGACGACGACGUCAUACAAAAAAAUAAUGACGUCAUGAACCCCUCCAACAACAACAACAACAACGAUUAUGAAGAAGUUGAUUACAAUGUUAACAGCAAGCCGAAUGAAAAAUUGGAUCCUGACAAGAACCAGACCGCGCCAACACUGAACUAA